AUGAGCAAAAUAAAGCUGAAUUUCCGAUUAAGCUUUCUUAUACUGCUGCUUACAUCUACAUAUGUGUCAUCGUUCACAUACAGUGUGUCUCCAGCCGAUCCAUGCAUUAGAUCAGUUUACACAUAUUUGAUGUUUGUGCUGUCUAUGCUUUCAACAGCAUAUCUCAUUCUCUCAGUAGCAUAUAGAGGGCAUGUGGUUUAUGACACACAAACAAUCAAGUUGAUAGAAGAAUGCCAGAACAAGAAGUUCUGCAAGAAGUGUGCGAAUUACAGGCCAGAAAGAACACAUCAUUGCUCGUCAUGUGGCCACUGUAUCAAGAAAAUGGACCACCACUGCUUUUGGAUAAACAAUUGUGUGAACUAUGAUAACCAAGGGCACUUUAUCAGAUUCUUGUUGUUUUCAGCAUUAGCAAAUUUGCUUGUCUUUCUGUCUGCAGCAGCAAAGUUUGUUCAGAUCCUGGCCUAUGGAAUCUCCUUGGAAUCAACGAAAGAUUAUUAUAUCCUGGUACUUUCUGGACUUUCUUCCUUGGUUCUUACGAUAAUGACCAGUAUUUUCCUGUAUUUGCAGAUGAGAUUGGCUAUUCUGAACAUUACAUUUAUUGAAGAGCUUAAACAGAAUGAUCUGAUCAGGUUUCAAGGCAUUCAUUUACACAAAUCUCCGUAUGAUAGAGGUGUGCUGGGUAAUCUUAUAGACACAUUGGGUCCUGUAAGUACACUAUUCUUGAUCGGGCCUUUUGGAAACGGAAUAGUGUUUCCUGAGACAUCUCCCAGGCAUCCAUCGUUCCAUGAGUGCUAUGUGUAA